UGUCACUCCCAUUUGUCCAUUUCCAAGCACUCAAUCAUAACACUCUCAUUUUCUCAUGGCUGAGCAACAACCUAGCACCACCGCAGCUCCGCCGUGCCGGGCGGCGGGAACCACCGAGCACAGCUGGUGCAAGGCAGUUCCAGGUGGUACAGGUAUAACAGUAUUAGCUCUCCUCUUAUCAAAAUCACUUGACAUUUCACUUCUCCAAAAUGCCCUUCAUAAACUACAAAAUUCCAAUCCUAUCCUCAAAUCUCAACUCCACUAUGAACCAGCAACUAACUCUUACUCUUACAUCAUUCCCUCCACUUCUCAUCUUCAAAUCCAACCGUUCGAUCUCUCAUCAACGGCUCAGAUUCUCCAACGCAUCAAAACCCCUAAUCUUAACUCAGUCUCCGAUUUUCACCUCAUUCUCGAACACGAAAUCAACUGUAACUCAUGGGCAAAUACCGCCACGUCAUCGUCUUCAGGAACCCAUAAGCUUCAAAUGUUGGAUCCAUCUCUGAAUACCGCCACGUCAUCAGACUCCGACAUCGAUGUUUUUUUCGCGAGCAUUUAUCGAUUAAACGACGAGAAAUCGGUUGUUACGUUAAGGAUUCACACGUCGGUGUGUGACCGGGCGGCGGCAUUAGCGUUACUGAGGAAGUUGUUGGAGUUGAUGAGUAGUGAGAAGCAAGAUGGAGAAGGGACAGAAUUGGAAUUAUUGAAAAAGAUGGAGGUUGGUUUGGGAAUUGAGGAGUAUAUUCCAGCUGGAAAAGCAAAUAAGCCAUUUUGGGCACGUGGGAUAGAUAUGGUUGGCUAUGGAUUGAAUUCAUUGAGAUUUUCUAAUUUGAAGUUUAUGGAUACUGAAUCAACAAGAGGAUCACAAGUUGUGAAAUUGCAGUUGAAUAAAGAAGAUACUGAUCGCAUUCUUGGUGGCUGCAAAACCAGAGAUAUAAAACUGUGUGGGCUGUUGGCUGCUGCUGGAUUAAUUGCAGCUCAUUCUUCGAAUGGCCUAAAUGAGAAUCAAUGGGAGAAGUAUGCAGUUGUAACCCUUAUUAACUGCCGCUCAAUUCUUGAUCCAGUGCUUAGCCCUGAUUUUCCAGGCUUUUAUCAUUCUGCAAUCCUCAACACACAUGACGUUAAGGGAGGAGAAGAUUUAUGGGAGCUAGCAAAGAGAAGUUACACAUCUUUUGCCAACGCCAAGAACAAUAACAAGCAUUUCUCAGACAUGGGAGACCUAAAUUUCCUCAUGUGCAAGGCCAUUGAUAAUCCUGGCUUAACGCCCUCCUCUUCACUAAGAACUUCCCUCAUCUCUGUGUUUGAAGACCCUGUGAUCGACACCUCCAGCAAAGUGCAUCAAGAAAUUGGAUUAGAAGACUUCAGCGGGUGUGCAUCCGUGCACGGGGUAGGCCCUUCUAUUGCCAUAUUCGACACGAUUAGGGAUGGACAGCUGGAUUGUGCAUGUGUUUAUCCUUUCCCUUUGCAUACUAGGGAACAAAUGAUGGAGCUCAUUGGUGAAAUGAAAAGAAUUCUUGUUGACUGGUAGCAAAUUACAGGGGAAUUGUAGAUGACUAAACAAGCAUUAUGUUUUUCCCACUGAUCAUGUUCAAUGAAAAUGCAAUAAAUUCCAUGAAGAACAGUUUGUUUUUUAGAUCAAA